AUGGCCGAAGAGCGCACAGUUUAUGUGGCGAAUUUUCCCGAUAAUUUCGAAGAGGAUUUGCUCGAGGAACUCUUCACACAGGUACAUUUUGAAUCACAUUUUUUAAGUAAAAAAAUUAUUUUUUUAACAGGUCGGCCCGGUGGUGAGCGUAUCGAUCAGAGAGAACAAGGAUACGAAUGCAAAGUACGCGCUUGUUGAGUUUGAGGUAAGAUUUUGGGGAGUUUCUUUAAAAAUUUGAAAAUUCCCCAAUUUUUCAGCAUCAGCUCUCUGUGCUCUUCGCCAUCGAGAUCCUCAACAAUAUCAAUAUGAACGGCCGCAAUAAUUUGCAGGUUUUUCAAAUUUCUCCCCAAAAACCCGAAAAAUCAAUCAAUUUCUCAGGUAAAACCGCGAAACGGGACGAAACAAGAAGAGUUGUACCGUCAGAAGAAGGCUGAGAUCGAAGAACGACAGCGGGGAGCUCCGUCGAUUCCCAGGGACCACGGACGGGACCGCCGCGACGAUUACAACAGUCGCGAGAGGGACCACGGCGAUCGGAACAGGUCAGAAUCGGAAGUGCCGGCGAUAA